AACUGAAUAAAAACAAUGUAUGUACUUUCAAACUUUCAACGUCAUCUGGCUAUUGCAUCAACUUAUCAACUUCUGCUGGUGGGUCUAUCACAAGCCCAAGAAAUGGAGGAUCAUGAAAGUACAGCAACAGAAACAGAAAGGAGCAAUCUUCUUUUUGCUGUUAAUGGGGAGAGGUUUGAGCUCUCAAGUGUUGACCCUUCUACUACUUUGCUCGAGUUCUUGCGUACCCAGACACGUUUCAAGAGUGUUAAGCUCAGUUGCGGUGAAGGUGGUUGUGGUGCUUGUAUUGCGCUGCUCUCCAAGUAUGAUCCGUUCAGUGACGAAGUUGAGGAUUUUACUGUAAGUUCAUGUCUCACAUUGCUUUGCAGUAUAAAUGGAUGUUCAAUUACAACAAGUGAAGGCCUUGGUAAUAGCAAAGAUGGCUUCCACUCAAUUCACCAGAGGUUCACAGGAUUCCAUGCUUCUCAAUGCGGCUUUUGUACUCCAGGAAUUUGCAUCUCACUCUAUGGGGCCCUUGUUAAUGCUGAAAAGACAGAUCGACCAGAGCCCUCACCAGGAUUCUCCAAGCUUACAGUGGUUGAAGCUGAGAAAGCUGUUGCAGGAAAUCUUUGUCGCUGUACUGGAUAUAGACCCAUUGCCGAUGCAUGCAAAAGUUUUGCAGCUAAUGUUGAUAUGGAGGACUUAGGAUUCAACUCUUUCUGGAAGAAGGAAGACAUUCAGGAAGCAAAGAUAAGCAAGUUACCUGUGUAUAAUCAUAAUCACAAUAGUUGUACUUUCCCUGACUUCUUAAAAAGGGAAGUCAAAGAUUCCUUGCUUUUGGAUUCUAAAAGAUACCAUUGGUACAAACCUGCUAAAAUUGAGGAGCUUCAUGACUUAUUAAAAUCUAGUGAUGCUGAUGGAGUUCGUAGGAAACUAGUGGUUGGUAAUACAGGUGUGAGUUACUAUAAGGAAGUAGAGUAUUAUGACACGUACAUAGACCUCAGAAAUAUUCCUGAGCUCUCAAUCAUUAGAAGGGAGCAGUCAGGAGUUGAAAUUGGGGCUGCUGUCACUAUUUCGAAAGCUAUUGAAGCUUUGAAGGAGGAAAGUAAAGGUGAGUUUCUCUCAGAAUGUAAAAUGAUAUAUGAAAAAAUUGCUAUUCAUAUGGAGAAAAUUGCUGCUGCAUUUGUUAGAAAUACAGGUAGUGUUGGGGGAAAUUUAGUGAUGGCACAGAGGAAACAUUUUCCUUCAGAUAUUGCUACUAUACUUCUAGCAGCUGGUUCAUCAGUUGAGAUAAUGACAGGCAUUAUUCGUAAAAAGCUUACACUGGAGGAGUUUUUGGGAAGGCCUCCAUUGGAUUCCAAAAGUGUACUUUUAAGUGUUAGGAUCCCUAAUUGUGAAUCAAUUAAGAAUGUAUCUCUUGAAAGAGAUAAUAAGUUGUUAUUUGAAACCUAUCGAGCUGCACCGAGGCCCCUUGGAAAUGCUUUGUCCUAUCUGAAUGCUGCUUUCUUGGCUGAUGUUGCCUGCUCUAAACAAUCGGGUGGAAUUGUGUUAAAUAGCUGUCGGUUGGCUUUUGGUGCUUUUGGAACCAAACAUGCAAUUAGGGCGAGGAAAGUUGAGGAAUUUUUAGCUGGAAAAUUGUUAACCAUUGGUGUUCUUUACGAAGCUAUUAAAUUGGUUAAAUCUACUGUGAUACCUGAAGAAGGGACUCGACAUCCUGCAUAUAGGACAAGCUUAGCUGUUGGUUUUCUUUUUGACUUUCUUGGCCCAGUAUCAGUUACUCUUGGUAGUGGUUGGUUAGAUGGAGGUAUAAAUUCUUCAAUAUUCAACGGUGCGAUACUAAACCAAAAUCAAGCGUGGCUGGACCAAGUCAAAUUCCCCACUUUGCUAUCUUCAUCAAAGCAGGUGGUCCAAAUAAACAAAGAUUAUCAUCCCAUUGGCGAGCCAGUUACAAAAUCUGGAGCUGCUCUUCAAGCUUCUGGUGAAGCUGUUUAUGUGGAUGACAUUCCCUCUCCCAGAAAUUGUCUACAUGGUGCAUUCGUUUAUAGCAAAAAGCCUUUUGCGAGGGUAAAGGAUAUAGAACUCAAUUCUAAAUUUCAUAUCAGUGGAGUCACUGCACUUAUUACUUUUAGAGACAUCCCAAAAGGCGGGGAAAACAUAGGUUCUAAAACUAUUUUUGGUUUGGAGCCUCUGUUUGCUGAUGAGCUUACUCGAUGUUGUGGAGAGCGUCUUGCUCUAGUGGUUGCAGAUACACAGAAACAUGCAGAAUUAGCAUCAAACCUUGCAGUGGUUGACUAUGACCUGGAAAAUCUAGACUCUCCCAUUUUAACUGUAGAGGAUGCUAUAAAGAGAUCUAGCCUUUUUGAUGUCCCUCCCUUUCUCUACCCUAAACAAGUUGGUGAUAUAUUAAAGGGAAUGGCUCAAGCUGAUCACAAGAUUCUCUCAGCUGAGAUAAAACUUGGGUCACAAUACUAUUUCUAUAUGGAGAAUCAAACUGCCCUUGCUGUGCCAGAUGAAGACAAUUGCAUAGUAAUUUAUAGUUCAAUUCAGUGCCCUGAGUUUGCACAUGCUGUUAUUUCAAGAUGUCUUGGUGUUCCUGAACAUAAUGUACGUGUGAUUACAAGAAGGGUUGGAGGAGGCUUUGGAGGAAAGGCCAUAAAAGCCAUGCCUGUUGCUACAGCCUGUGCACUAGCAGCAUACAAGUUACAGCGCCCUGUCAGAUUGUAUCUUAAUCGCAAAGUAGAUAUGAUAAUGGCAGGAGGAAGGCAUCCUAUGAAAAUAACAUACAGUGUAGGGUUCAAAUCUAAUGGGAAAAUUACAGCCUUACAGCUUGAUAUAUUGAUUGAUGCUGGCAUAUUUCCAGACAUAAGUCCAAUAAUGCCAAUAAAUAUUCUGGGCUCGCUGAAAAAAUAUGACUGGGGUGCUUUAUCUUUUGAUAUAAAGGUAUGCAAAACAAAUCUUCCAAGUAGAUCAGCUAUGCGGGCCCCUGGAGAGGUGCAAGGAUCAUAUAUCGCAGAAGCUGUAAUUGAACAUGUAGCAUCUUCUCUUUCUGUGGAUGCAGAUUCAGUGAGAGCCAUAAACCUCCACACUUAUGAUAGCAUUAACUUAUUCUACGAUAAUAUUGUUGGUGAGCCUCUAGAAUACACUUUAACUUCAAUAUGGGAUAAGUUAGUGACAUCUUCAAGUUUUAUCCAAAGGACUAAAAUGAUAAAAGAGUUCAAUAAGUGUAAUUUGUGGAAAAAAAGAGGUAUUUCUCAAAUACCUAUUGUACAUCAAGUUACAUUGAGACCAACUCCAGGGAAAGUAAGCAUUCUAAGUGAUGGGUCUGUUGUUGUCGAAGUUGGAGGAAUAGAGCUGGGCCAGGGGCUCUGGACGAAGGUGAAACAGAUGGCAGCAUUUGCUCUUAGUUCAAUCAAGUGUGAUGGAGUAGGAGACCUCUUGGAUAAAGUAAGAGUCAUACAAGGUGACACCUUGAGUUUAAUUCAAGGGGGUUUUACUUCUGGGAGCACUACAUCCGAGUCAAGCUGUGAAGUAGUUAGACUUUGCUGUAAAGAUUUGGUCGACAGACUGACACCUCUGAAAGAAAGGUUACAAGGGCAAAUGGGUUCUAUAAGAUGGGAGGUGCUAAUUCACCAGGCUUAUUUGGAAGCUGUCAACUUAUCAGCAAGUUCUUACUUCGUCCCUGACUUUGCUUCUAUGCAAUACCUAAAUUAUGGUGUUGCUUCGAGCGAGGUGGAGAUAGACCUUCUGACAGGACAAACAACAAUUUUGAGAUCAGAUAUUAUAUAUGACUGUGGACAAAGUCUCAACCCUGCUGUGGAUCUAGGCCAGAUCGAAGGGGCUUUCGUCCAAGGAAUUGGCUUUUUCAUGCUUGAAGAGUACACAACAAACUCGGAUGGAUUAGUGAUUGAGGAUGGCACAUGGACAUACAAGAUCCCUACACUAGACACUAUACCAAAACAGUUCAAUGUGGAGAUUUUAAACAGUGGCCAUCACCAAAAGCGUGUUCUAUCAUCCAAAGCUUCUGGUGAACCGCCAUUGCUCCUAGCAGCCUCAGUUCACUGUGCCAUAAGAGCUGCUAUCAGGGAUGCCCGACAGCAGCUUCAUUUGUGGGGUUGCCUAGAUGAUAGUCCUACAACGUUCGACUUGGAGGUCCCUGCCACCAUGCCUGUUGUAAAAGAGCUCUGCCGGCUGGACAUUGUGGAGAGGCACUUGCAGUGGAAAAUGAACAGCAAGUGAAUGAUGAAAAUACUCAAUUCAAGCUGAACCUGAUAAUGGAUAGAAGAUUUUGAUUAGAUCUACACACAAUUACGCCAGGAAAUUGAUCACCUAUUGUAAUGAAAUAUUACGACAUACUACUAAUAGCAGAUAUUUAGCUUGCUCAGUUACUGUUUUGACUUAGUUUUUAUAGCUCAUUCAGUUACUGUUUUAAUUUAGUCAUUAGCUUCUGUUCCAUUAUAUAUAGGUUGUUAUUUUCUCAUAAAACUGCUUCUAUAAUAAAGGAGUCACGUACCUGAUGUAUUCUAUA